AUGGCAAAAGUGCUUAGAAUAGCAGCCUCAUCAAUUUUACAUUCACUUAUUUUAAACGUUUACUUAUCGUUUAAUAACCCAGAGAGGAUCUAGAACAAGCUCCAAAAAAGGAGUCACUUUUAAAUGCAACAAACUUUCUUUUCUUUUUUUAGUUUAAAUGGAGUGCCAUCUAUUAUGUAACAAUGCCUCUCUGAUGAGGGUGAUUCCUAGAAACUAAAAUACUGGUCAGUUCCCAUUAUUCUCUGCAUCUCUACGGUGCCGGGAGACGGAUCCCUGCUGCAACCACUACUGCACUAGUCUCUGCAUCAUCCACGGCUGCCAACGUCACUUUGCAGCUGGCACCAAGGAGUGUGAUGAGAUUCUUUUUCUAGUGUUUGAGUGCUGGGCGGCCGUGUCCCCCCCAUUGGCUGCCUACUCCUCACAUUGCCCAAGAUCAUACAAACCAGUGAAUGUGAGCUGCAUUGUGCAAGUGCUGGGAGAUCCAUUCACACCGACAGGCAUACAGCAAACAGGAACCAGCAGCAGCUUCAAAGGAAAAUGGAGAGGGAUAAACCUCUGGCCCUAUUUGAUUUCAACAGUUCCAACGUGAGUGGCACUGGGUCUCCAGCAGCAGUUUUCAGUGGGCGUCAAGACCACAGCAGCGUUGUCCUUCCUGUCAUCUUUGGGAUCAUAUGUUUGGUGGGAAUCAUUGGAAACUGCAUUGUCAUCUACACCAUUAACAAAAAACCCAAGGGUAACCACAACAUUGCUGAUAUCUUCAUAGUGAGCCUCUCUGUGACCGACCUGCUUUUCUUACUUGGAAUGCCCUUUUUGAUUCACCAGUUACUAGGGAAUGGUGUAUGGCAUUUUGGUGCCACCAUGUGCACUGUCAUCACAGCGCUGGAUGCCAACAGCCAGUUUGCCAGUACCUACAUCCUGACGGCCAUGUCCGUGGACCGUUACCUUGCAACAGUCCACCCCAUUCGUUCUUCCUAUAUGAGGACCACGUGUGCAGCAGCUCUUGUGAUUUUGUUGUUGUGUCUGUGUUCCCUUAUUACAAUAAUCCCCGUCUUCAUGUACACGCAGCUGAUUGAGCAUCCCGAUGGCAAUGCUGGUUGUGGAAUCAUCCUGCCCAAUUUCUCCAUUGAUAUCUACUGGUACACUCUCUACCAGUUUUUCUUGGCCUUUGUCAUACCUCUUGUAAUAAUCUGCGUUGUUUAUAUCAAGAUCCAGAAGCAUAUUUCUUGUGUGGUGGUCCCACUGCCACAGAGGAACUUUAGAGCCCGGUCCAAGAAGAUCACUAGAACAUCUGUAACAAUUUGCUCUGCCUUCUUCAUUUGUUGGGCGCCAUAUUAUAUAUUACAGCUGGUCCACCUCAAAGUGGCCAAUCCAACUGUGGUGUUCUUCUAUGCUUACAAAGUGGCCAUCAGCCUUGGCUACGCCAAUAGUUGUAUCAACCCUUUCAUAUACAUUGUGCUGAGUGACACCUUCAAAAGGCACCUGAUUAAGGCAGUUUGCCCAGCACAGAAGGUACGAAGAAGUGACAGACACACUGCCAGUGAGGUCAGCCCAUCGGUCAGAAUCUGUUCCGGUCCAACCCAAGAGACUUCCUUAAGUAUGAUGUAUUCCCAGAACAUUGACAAUUAUAUUUCUUUGUCUGUAUCUGUUCCAUGAAUAAUACAAACUGAAAAUGUUGGUGAGAGGAGUUGGAAAAACAAUAUUGUUGCAAUGGCAACCUUCUUUAGGAAGACAGUUUCCUCCAAUCAGUUGGCUCUCAGUAACAUUGCAUCAACUAGAGGGUGGAGAGAAAUGAGAGUGUAUGGCAAGGGUAGGAAGACAUAUUUACGUGACAUGGGCCAUAAAAAUAAAGAGCUGACAAGGAGGUGGAGUAUUAGAGCCUGAUGGGUUCAUUAAUUAACAAAUGGUCAGGCUAAAUUGCCCACUGCAGCUACCCACGGCAUCCAAUCAGCAAUUGGCUCAGCUUAGUCUAUUAAAGAAAAGAUCUGUUUCUUUGUUAUGGGUAUCUGCUAUAUCUAGUAGAAUUAAGUCUAAAGCAACUGCACUUUUCUGAGUUUUCCUGAAAACAUUUCACCACUCACCUGAGUGGCUUCUUCAGUUCCAAAAAUUACACCACUCCUCCGAGCAGCUGGAGAACCUCUUCAGUUCUCCUGACGAUCGGAUGAGUGGUGAAACAUUUUCAAGAACGACGACGAUGCAGGACAAUGACAUCAGGGGGUUGAGAGUGAGCAGUUUUUUUUCCAUUGAAACACGGACAAGCUGUUUUGAAAAGGACAUCCCCUAGAAUAAUCGGGUUGUCCUCUGGACAGAUGGCAACCCUGGGCUGUGGCAGUAAAUAUAAAUAAUCCUUUCAGAAAAAUAGAUUUGAUCCUGCCUUGUCUCCUGUGCGACAUUUAUUGUAUUUAAUAUCGGACUGGGAUACCAGGGGCGCACCAGUAAACCUUAGACCGUGGGCCCACUUUCCAAACUUUUAUUCCUCCCUUCUUCACUCAACCUCAUUAUUCUUCUAAUCUUUCAUAUCUACAUACUAUACUCUAUUCUUCCAUUAUUAAGCCACUUAAAGAAAUAGAGAA